AUCCGGGCGCCGCUGAGCUCUGCGGUUCAGUCACUGUCAUAGACUAAUGGAACGAGAGCUGUAUUUAUAAGUUCGUUCAGGAACGAUUUCCACGUAUUUUCCAGUUUGUGACAAUCUUUCUGAGCUGACGGAAUGGUUUCAAGCGUAUGUUUUGCGAUAAUUAUAGACUGGAAAACGAAAUUGAAUGUUUUGACUAAAAAUAGUCGUUGGAAUUCAUCUUUGAUUCUUAACUUGUGUUCAUGAAUAUUUGAGCAGUGCAGUUCCACUGACCCACUCAAUACGUCAUAACAACUUCAUAAAAUCGACGUAUUGUGAUUUAUUUCAUCUGUGAACCUGAAAGUGGAGCUAUACUCACAACAAACUGAGACUAUACAUCUGCAUCGGAGUAUUCAAAAUGCAGUCUCUCUCCCUCUACCGAUGGAAGUUCGUUGCUUACUGCAUGAUCUCGUGUCAAAUAUCAGGGGAGCUGAAUCCUUUCCCAAGGACACUCCGGAAUUCGGCGGAAGAGCCCACCACCGUCCCCGUCGCACCAGACAUUGAACACCGUCUCCCAACCAUCCUACGUGAUGACAGAGGACGUAAUGACGCCUACGACCAUCUGGAACUCAGAAGCGAGAGUUCGGAAGGACCCGUAGGACCUCUCAUUCGCACGUCAGCAGCCACAGGGGCGACAUUUGUCCUGCCGUCGCAGCCGGUGUUCGACGAGACGGCGCCCAGGAACGUCUCCGCCGUCAGGGGAACUUCUGCCCACCUCCACUGCAUCGUGCACAACCUGGGGAAUAAGAGUGUUUCUUGGAUACGCCAAAGGGACCUCCAUAUCCUAACGGUCGGUCGAUACACGUACACGACGGACGACCGUUACCAGAUUAUACACUCGACAAGUUCGACCGACUGGAUUCUGAAAAUCAAAUACGCCCGAGAACUCGAUUCGGGAAACUACGAAUGUCAGGUGUCGACGAAGCCUAUUAAGUCCUACGUGGUCCACCUCAACGUUUUUAACGCCCCUCGAGCGACGAUCAUCGGGUCUCCCGAUAUGUACGUGGACAAGGGCUCAACCAUCAACCUGACCUGCGUCGUCACCCACAGUCCAGAGCCUCCGGAAUUCGUCCACUGGAAACACAACGGAGUUGAGUUGAGCUAUGAUUCCCCUCGGGGUGGUAUCACCAUGGUCACGGAGAGGGGAAACACGACCACAGGGUAUCUGCUUAUGAAGGAGGCACGAGCGUCUGACACGGGUAGAUACACCUGUGCUCCUUCCAGCACGUCACCGACUGAACUACGCUUACACGUCCUUGACGGCGAACUACCAGCAGCCAUGCAGACGAACUCUGCUGCUCUCGCUUCACUGAUGACUGUAGGACCUGGAGUCCUUUUUGUAAGUCUCCUCAGUGCCCUGUCCGCCGCCGCGUCGCGGGAGCUCCUUUUCGAAGCGACUGGUGGCGGAUGUGUCCCUGGGGGAUCCUGAGUCCUCAACGAGAUUUAAAAAACAAAAAGAAGUUUAAUGAUAAAAGAAUUGAUCAUCUCACGGCGACGAUAUUGACGAAGAAAUAAAGAAGAUAAAAGGAGCUGAU